UUCAUCUAUGGUGUGUAGUUCGUGGUUAUUUAUGUUGGUAUUAACCGAGAUCAAUGAGUAGUAGGAUGCAGAUGUGGGAGUGUCAGAUAUUGCCGUAUGUUAGGUUUUCAUUGUUUCUGUGUGUGUGUGUGUGUGUGUGUGUGGUACUGUGCUUCGUUUAUAGUUGUGUGACUUUCAGGUGCUGUACAGAUAUGUUUUGACAUGUGGUAUAAGGAAUUACAUAAUACGUAGAAUGGCAACGACUGAAGAAAAGGAGAUGGAACUUAUAAGACAGUUUAAGCUUUAUAUGAGUAACCCUGAAAAUGUAAUAUUGGCAGCAAAUAGUGUGUUUGAAAAACUUGUUGAUGAUGUCAUUCUAGGAGUUGUUUUUGAAGUUCAUCAUGCUGCUAAAGCUGGCUUAUUUGACUUAGAAGAUGGAUUGCAGGAAGAAAAAACAAACUGCGAAAUAGUGGAUGGUACUGAUGUGGAUAUAUUUGGUCAGCAACCAAUAAAAAAAGCACAAGAAUGCAUUUGUUAUUGCCCUACAUGUAAGCAUAGCUUAGCUGCUUCCCGUUUUGCACCCCAUCUAGCGAAAUGCAUGGGGAUGGGUCGAAACAGUUCACGAAUUGCAAGCCGCAGGAUUGCAAACAACAGCAAAGAAAGUGUAGCAUAUAGUGGAAUGAUGAGUGAUGAUGAAGAUGAUGCUGACUGGACUGCGACUCCAGACCGACGGCGAAAGAAGCGAGAUAGGAAUGGAACACGACGUUCAAAGAAUCAGAAAACAGUACGCAAUGGUGACGUGACUGUUGAGAAUAAUGUGAGUACAGAAAUCAGCUCGUCUAACAUAAACUCUUCAAACAUGAAUUAUGAUGGUAUGACAUAUGAGGAAAAGAAAACUCUUCUAAUGCAAAUUUGUGGUGUCAUCUCAGAGCAUACAAGAAGGCUGUGCACACGUUCCAUGAGAUGCCCUCAGCAUUCAGAUGAUCAGCGGCGUGCUGUGAGAGCUUCCCUUCUUGGCUCCCAGAUAUCCGACGUUAAUGCAACACCUGACAUAAUACAAGUUGAUGUGGACACUUAUGAAGAAGGUGACAGUCAGAGUAUGCGAGAAUCCUUAGGUCGUAGUUGGGAACAGGAACAUUCAAACACAUCAUCACCAGCUGAUUCUGCUUCUACCAGCUCCUCAUCAUCAAAGAAGAGAGAGAAACUUCCAAAAUCCAAGAGCAAAAACUCUACUAAGGGUCACAAAAGCUCACCAAACUUCUCAAAUAAUCACCAUUCACAAGGGGAUUAAUGAAAAGUCAUCAUAGGCCUCUCACUUUCUAUGGUCUUAAAUUAUAACUUAGAUCUGCAAAUCUAUGACUGCAUAUUAUAUGAUGUAGAUGUAUGUAAGGUGAUGAUAAUAGGAUUAAAUAUUUUGUGGUGAAACACUGUUAAAAUAAGUUUUUUAUGCUAGUAAAUACCAUGUAGUUAGGCUGUUCAUAAACAAUGAACUGGGUUACUAACCCUCUUUACCGUCUUUAAUAAUAAUAUUUCUAAUUCUAUAUUUGCUGAGAGGGUAAUACAUAAAUUACCCUGAUUAAUGUUACAGGCUUACUGUUGAAAUUUAAUAUUUAUUAAAUAGGUCUGAGAUGAAAUGUAUGACAGUUUUAUUGUCAUAAUAAAAUGACAUAUACUGCAUCAAUA